AUGCCGUUCAGCAGCACCCACAACAAGCACAAGCUGAAGUUCUCCCCCGAGGAGGAAUUCCCGGACCUUUCCAAGCACAACAACCACAUGGCCAAGGUCCUCACCCUGGAUCUCUACAAACGCCUGCGUGACAAGGAGACCCCGAGCGGCUUCACCCUGGACGACGUCAUCCAGACCGGGGUCGACAACCCUGCCCUGAACAGCCUGGAGGGGGAGUUCAAGGGCCGCUAUUACCCGCUGAAGGCGAUGACGGAGCAGGAGCAGCAGCAGCUGAUCGACGACCAUUUCCUCUUCGACAAACCCGUCUCUCCUCUGCUGCUGGCGUCCGGAAUGGCGCGGGAUUGGCCCGACGCCCGCGGCAUCUGGCACAACGACAACAAGACGUUCCUGGUGUGGGUGAACGAGGAGGACCACCUGCGGGUCAUCUCCAUGGAGAAGGGCGGAAACAUGAAGGAGGUCUUCAGGCGCUUCUGCGUCGGGCUGAAGAAGAUCGAGGAGAUCUUCAAGAAGGCCGGCCACCCCUUCAUGUGGACGGAGCACCUGGGCUACAUCCUCACCUGCCCCUCCAACCUGGGCACGGGGCUGCGCGGCGGCGUCCACGUCCGGCUGCCCAAACUCAGCCAGCACCCCAAGUUCGAGGAGAUCCUGCACCGCCUGCGCCUGCAGAAGCGCGGCACCGGUCCCAUUGCCCCUGUCAGUCCCAUUGACCCCAUCGACCCCAUUGCCCCCAUGGGUCCCAUUGACCCCAUUGACAACACUAACCCCAUUGGUCCCAUUGCCCCUAUCGAUCCUAUUGACCCCAUUGACCCUAUUACCCUCAUCAGUCCCAUUGGCCCUGUUGCCCCUAUCGGCCCCAUUGGCCCCAUUGACCCUAUUGCCCCCAUCAAUCCCAUUGGUCCCAUUGCCCCUAUCGAUCCUAUUGACCAUAUUGACCCUAUUGCCCCUAUUGGCCCCAUUGGCCCCAUUGACCCUAUUGCCCCCAUCAGUCCCAUUGAUCCUAUUGCCCCCAUUGGCCCCAUUGACCCCAUUGCCCCUCUUGGUCCCAUUGACCCCAUCAACCAUACUAACCCCAUUGACCCCAUUGCCUCCAUUGGUCCCAUUGACCCCAUUGACAACACUAAUCCCAUUGACCCCAUUGACCCCAUUGCCCCUAUUGCCCCUAUCGGUCUCAUUGCCC